AUGGCUCUUCGAAUCACUCACCUCCUCAAAUCUCAAGCCAAAUCAAGAACCAACCCGCUCGUCGUUUUCCAUUCUCCAUCCUUGUCCACAUCUUCCUCGCCGCCACAACCACCAACUACAUCGACAUCUUCACCCACCACCUCAACCAAACAACCUCCCACAAACAGCACCACCCCAAAGGACACCAAAAAGCCCAAAAAGCCCAAAAAGCCCAAACCAACCAAACCGACCCCUCCAAAAACACCCCUCGACAUCUUCUUCUCCUCCUUCAAAAACUUCAAGUACAAACCCUCCCGAGACCCAAGCGCGUCCUGGAAGCAACUCGCAUCCUCCCAAGGCUGGCCGCCCAAGAAGCCCAAGAAGGAUGCCCCCGGUCGUGAUGCCUGGGAUCGCUACCAAAUGGCCCUGGCCAAGGAGGUUGAGCUCUGGUUCGGUCACGAGAACGACCCCAAGGCUUGGAGGACGCUCUGCCGGGCUGUAGGACAUGCCGAUGCGCCCGAGGACAUUGAUAAAUGUGCAUUUAUUCUUCGAAAUACGCAUGUCAACAUUGUCGACUUGAUCCACUGGGCAAGAAGAGGGGGUGAAGAGGCUGAGAGCAACACAGCUCCAGAGGUGUUCAAGUCGGUCCGAGAACUCAAGGAUUACACCUUCAGAAAGCAUAGGGUCUUUGAACAAGAGCAACUGAUGGAGUACAACGGAGGAAACGUGGUUCUGAGGCAUCUGAUGAGGCGACUAUUCUCUCGGUAA